CCGGAAAAGUAUAUAUCAAAAGAAAAUGUGCCGGGAAAAAUCAGUUGAACGGUGUUUUUCCACCAGUUGACUUCGAAUACCGUCGGAGACACCGUGUGUGACUCCGUCACACUAGAUCCAGUGCUGCUACCAGUCAGGCAACUCAGUCAGCAAUUGUUUCCACGCUGUUCUAAUCCCGUGGGUGAAGAAAAGGAUAAAGUGAAUUUUACAUGGUGAAACGUAAAAGUGUCAGUGCUGUGCAAAAGGUUUUACCGGUUUUUCGUUUGAACUGAUGCGACCGAUCGCCAAAGCAAACCUGGCCAUCGGCCGGGCGGCGGCACUAGCAAUCCUGGUGUCGCUGGCCACGGUCAGUGCCGUUCCGUCCUCCGUGUUGGCGGGCUCGAAGGAAGCCAACGGCCAUCGUGAUGUGACGGCUUCCCCGGGGCAAAAUCAGCUGACCACGGAUGAUGCGUCGUACGGUGACGACCGGUCGGGUCCAUCGAACCCUCAGAAACGUGGAGUGAACCCGCUGCUCUACCGGGAGACCGAACUUCGGAACGACUUUUCCGGUAACUCGAUCCCACAGAAUGGUGUCUGGGAGGAUGUAGGUGUACCGUUGCCGGGCAUGCCGUAUCCGAUGGAACUGUUCGAUGCACCCAUUGAGCCAGGCCCUCUCGAUCGGUACGGCUCACAGCAGCAGCAACAGCAGCGGACGUAUGAUGUGCUGCAGAGCCUGCUGAAUCGGCCACUCUCGUACAAUCCCCUGUUUGUCGGUAGAACCGUGUCCGGUGGGUAUCCGGUACGUAUGCACGGUGGAGCAUCUGGCAACGGUGGCUACGGUGAACGAAAGAAGCGCACUUUGGCAACGGCGGUGAACGGAAAAUCUCACUCCCGCCUAAUGCGCCUGAAGCGUAGCUCGGGUAAGUUGUCACCGGCCGAAGUGUUUUCACUGCUUGCCCUGAUGGAUGCGCGCGAUCCCUACCGACCAUUGUCCGACUACAUUCCGGACGAGCAAACGAACGAUGUGCUGGCUUAUGCCCCGAACGGUAUGUAUCCGGAUGUUGCACUACCGCUCGCCCUGGAGCAACUGCUCGGUGCACACGGUGGAACACUGCCAGCGGAUGGUUACGCGUACGAUGAUGCCGGUGAGUGGAUGAACGGCUGGACGGAACCUUCGGUCGACUAUAUGGGUAUUCCGAUGGCUGAUCUGGACGCUCUGGGUGCGCUUAACGAUGGCAAAAACAUUGGCUCAAUGAAUGGAUACAUGCCGCAGAAACGCUUCAUGGUGUCGAAGAAAAAGCGUAGCGUGCCACAGGCAACACCAUCGAACACAGGCCACCAGCAAGGAGGAACGAUUCAGGCGGCCGCUUGAAGCACCGGCCACGGAUAAAAGCACUUCGCAAACAUUUUUUGAAACCAGGACCAACCCGUCGAACACAUACCAAAGGCUCACGAGAUACCGGAAACUACUACCAAUCAAUGUACCACGUGUUAAUUAUUAUUGUACUGUACCGCAUUAUUGUAAACGCAACUAAGCAUUCCAUUCACAUGCAAGCAAAAGAUGUUUAGAGAGAGCAGAAAAAUCAUCUUGAUGAGGCACAUCGUAAAGCGCUAUUUUAUCUACUACAACCAUUCCGUUCCCAUAUGCGUAUGGCACGACAGUGACAUCUGCAUUACGUUUCAUCGCUUCUCUAAGUUGCACCGCACCGCUGUUUUGGGCUAAUGGAGAGACCAGCUGCAUAUUGCAUUGGGCCGUAUAUUAAGGUGCAUCUCUGUGCAUCAUGUAUGACGCUCAUUGGAAGGUUCGUCCGCUUGGACAUUCGUUACUGUCGUGACAUUCGGUGGAUAUAUUCGUUUCAUCAGUACCACACCAGCAGGGUUAAAGGGGAAACCAUUUCUUGCUUAACCUGCUAAGGAAGCGAUUAUUACAUAUAUCGUAUUUGCUCUACUACUCACUUACUAAACGUUGAAUGGCUACCAUUGCAGAAGACAUCCAUUGUAUUGCUCGUUGUAGACUCAUAUCUAUAUAAACACUACUAUACAUCACAUACUGUGAAAUGAGGCACAGACACAUUGAUGAUAAUGAUGAUGAUGAAGAGAAUGUUUAAUCCAUUAAUAUAUUACGGUAUACAUAUAUACUUACACAGCACAAACAAAGCGCAUAAAUGUACAACCAACCGCUAAUCGCAGCGACAUUACAUUACACUGGUCGUAAGUGUAUUCUAAUAUAGAGGCUAAUUGAACGUUAAGUGUAUUGAUCGUAAGCAUCCAAAACUGCUCCAUCUAAUUAAAAUUAAAAAAAAAUGGCGCGGUUCGCACAAACCGCGCUCACAUGAUAACAUGACAAGAAACUGGCUCAGAGGUAAAUAAUUUUUAGGCAUCGUAAGAAAAAAAACCCUUUAAUCAUACAAAUUAUACACUUAUAUAUGACUACCAGCUAAACGUUACGGUGAAACAAACAAGAGGCAAAAAGUAUAGCACACUAUCAACAAUCGCGAACUGCAUAUUUAUCGACGUGGAAGAAACCAUUUCACCAUAGUAUAUACUAUCGUAGUAAAUGAAUCUUUAUAUUGGUAACAAGUGGUUUAAAAAUAAAUGAUUAAAUGCAACACAAACAAAACAGAGAAAAAAACAACAACAAACAAACAAGCUGUAAACAUAUUAGAGUUGUCUAAAGGAAAACGUUACAACGGAGGGAUAAAGAGAGAAACACAAGCGUUUUCAAUAUUUGCAAAACAACCAAAACACACUCCACACCGCACACAAUACACACAUUGUUCGCUUAGGAAGGGCAAGAAAAACAUAUACAAAUUAAAACACCCAUAAACACACACACACUUUUGAAGCAGCAACCCCCAAAACGGGCCGGAGUAUUACAGGAUACUUAGGCAACUAUAAUGAAACAUGAGAAUGUCGGCAUGCGGAACAUGAAACAUGAAACAGAAGAAUCAAAAACCCAAAAGUUAGUAUACAACGCAAGGUGAAGCGUAACGCAUGCAACAUGGCCAUGGAUGGGAGAGACUUCAACUAGAGCGUAGAAAGGAAGAUUUCCACUGGACCAGUUUUCGACCCUUUGCUAGUUCGGCUGGGAGUUAGCGGGAAAGAAAACAUGCCAAACAAAGCUGACAAAACGAAAGAACUUACAAAACAAAAUAAAAGACAUUCAAACGGUCAUUGGUUGAACCAAAUGUCGUGCCGAUGGUACGCAGAGAGUUAA